AACCGGGCCGAUGAGACAAACAUGGUGUCUCACCAAACACUUCUUGACGGACCUCAGAAUCUCUCUCUCUCUCUCUGCUAAUGAUGACGAAGAGCAGCGGAGAGCACCACUUUAACAACUGAAGAACUACUAUUCGAGGCACACUUCAACUCUCUCUCUCUCUCUCUCUCUCUCUCUCUCUAAAACUCAAAAAUGGAUGAGAUUGAGCACAAGUACGUUGAAGUGAAAGGUCUGAAGCUCCAUGUAGCUGAGAUCGGAUUGGGCCAAUCGAUUGUGGUGUUCCUCCACGGGUUUCCCGAGAUAUGGUACUCCUGGCGCCACCAGAUGAUCGCCCUCUCCAGCGCCGGUUACCGAGCGAUCGCGCCCGAUUACAGAGGGUACGGGCUGUCAGACUCACCACCCGAACCCGGAAAUGUCUCCUUUGGUGACCUCAUCACCGACCUCCUCGCUAUCCUCGAUGCCCUCAGCCUUCCUAAGGUUUUCCUCGUUGCUAAAGAUUUUGGGGCUCGGCCUGCUUACUUUUUUGCCCUUCUCUACCCAGAGAGGGUCUCGGGAAUUAUAACUUUGGGUGUGCCAUUUGUGCCCCCAAGUCCCUCUACUUACCACAAGUACCUACCCGAAGGUUUCUACAUCUCGAGGUGGAAGGAACCUGGACGAGCUGAAGCUGAUUUUGGCCGCUUUGAUGUUAAAACAAUUGUGCGGAACAUCUACAUUCUCUUCUCCAAAAGUGAAAUACCAAUAGCGGGAGAAAACCAAGAGAUCAUGGAUUUGGUGGAACCGUCUACUCCUCUACCCCCUUGGUUCACAGAGGAAGAUCUUGAAAACUAUGAAGCUUUGUACAAGAAAUCUGGAGUCCUCGCCGCCAUGCAAGUUCCUUACAGGUAAAUAGUUUCAAACUCAA